AUAAAUGCCUGACGAUGGCCCCGUACUCUUCCGCAACUGCGUUCCUCGGUCCUCUAUCUUCUAAACUUUUGUCUUUUUUCCCUGCAUCAAUCUCCUUACCGGCACCAGCGAUUUUUAUUUACACUUGUUUAUUACGAAAUGGCAUCAGAUCCUGAAGUCGCUGCCAGAGCCGCUGCUGCCAUGAAGGACAUUGCUAGGAGUUUGAUGUUUCAUCUCGAGGAAGUCCCUGAAGUACAGGCAUUGGAGUUCGCUUUCGUGCGAGACAACCAGGAGGCCGAGUUCAUUGUCGAGGUCGGGUUCCCUCUCUCCAGCCUGGUUCUCUCACUCAGCUACCAGAGUAUCGCUAAUAGACCGCAGCCUCCGAUAACCAUUAUCGUGAGGACCCGGCCAGACGCAGAGUAUCUGAAGGCUAAGCUAGAAGCCCGACGCAGCGACGCUUUCAAAUUCAACGGCGACGACCUCGAAUGGAACUUUCCACUCCCGGCGAAACUUCCUCUGGAACGUGCCAUCUGCGUUCCCAUCACUGUUCGGGUGUUAUAUCUGGGCGACGGAAAGCUUGAUUUCUCCGAACCCCCGGAAAGUAGAAUGAUAACGAUCCAGCGGCUUCGAGAUGAACAGCUUGAACAGAACCAAAGAGGCCCUUUUGAUGUACCCAUCCUCGACGCGUUGCCCGCGCAGACAGUCCCCCAGGUGACUCCGGAAUCUACAGCGGAAACAGCCUCAGGCAUCGGACAAUCAGGUACCGAGGAGGAGGAGGGGCAGUGGGAGGGAGAGUUCAGGGCUGUCUUGCCAAUGGUUGAGAGGUGGUGGGCAUCUUUUUUGGAAUUUUGUUUGAGACAUGCCUGUCCCAGUGACGAUUAAGCCAGCCAGUCUCCAUGCUGCUGUAGUUCUUUCUUAUGGCCAUGUGCUAAGGUUUUA